UGAGACAGAUAUUGUUAGUUGUGUGUGUGAGGCACACAGUUUUGUAAAUCACCACAUUAUUCUGUUCUUAAAGUAUUCCUUAUUUUAAAGGUAUAUUUAGGUUAUUGUGCAAAAAAUAAGAAGUUUUUAAUUUAAAAUAUCUACGAGUAAUCAUGACAUCCACAGUGCUACGAGUGAAACGUAGACUUGAGGAUAAUCCACAAGAUGCCUUGGUUCUCAUGUGUAAGCGAAUAAAAAGGGAUGCUGAAGAAGUCUCCUCAUCACUAUUCGUGUUCAGAGGAACUGUUGAUAGCCAGGAAACAACAAAUGUACAAAACAUAGUCCCCAGAAGUAAAGCAAAGUUGAAGCCAUCGCACAGCAUCAGUGAUAUAAUAGAGAAAAUUAGGCAGGAAAAGAAGGAUAUUUCAACACAGAGUCGGUACGAAGUUGUGAACUGUAAUAGAGGGCUGCAGGACAGUGAUGCCAAAGAGCAAUAUGAUUUGGUGGACUUGCAGAAAAAUGAGGAUGUGGAAGGAGAGGUGCAGUACGCUUAUGAUUUGUACACGGCUGCUAAACAAGACUUUGAUGUCUCCAUGCUUGACAAUUUAGUCAGCAUAGAAAACUAUGAGACCGAUCUUAUAUUUGGUUCAUACCGAGAAGGUUAUGGGCAGUCCAGUGAUGAAGCUGAUGAUGAUGAUGACUCCAAUGAUGAAAAUAACUGGAGGAAUGAUUAUCCCGACUCGGAACAUAGCAGCAUCAAUGAAGAAGACAUGAUUAAAGCUAUGCAGAAUGUAGAUCUUGAAGACGAUUUAUCCAGUGAUACAGGUGAAGAUAAAAUAUAUGACCACCCAAAUCCAUUUAAUGAAGAUGCCUUACGGUACGGUCCAGCUUAUGCCAAAUACAAAGCCAAAUUUUUAUCAGAAGACGGAGAAAUCAAUGUAAAUUUUGUUCAUACAAGCACGGUCCCUGAUUUCGGAUAUAAGGAUGACAGUGAUGAUGGAUUUUAUUAUGGACAAGAAGAAAACACGGAUCAGUUUCGAGAGCAAUAUGGCAAUGAUUCUUCUGAUUGUGAUCCGGAUUAAUUAUGAUUAGAUGUUCGAAAUAUAUUUUGUUAAUAUAUUA